AUGGAGGCCUGCGCACUGGAUGACAGAGCUUGUUCUGACAGCCUGGCCUUCAUGGUGACGUGCACGUUCAGGUUCCCGAGCACAAACAUCAAGAUCACGUUCACUGCCCUGUCCAGUGAGAAGAGAGAGAAGCAGGAGGCCCCCGAAUCCCCGGUGAAGCCUGUGCAGGCCCACAUCUCGCCCCUGACCAUCAACAUUCCAGACACCAUGGCCCACCUCAUCAGUCCCCUUCCCUCCCCCACGGGAACCAUCAGUGCUGCAAACUCCUGCCCAUCCAGCCCUCGGGGAGCAGGGUCUUCGGGGUACAAAAUGGGCCGUGUGAUACCAGCUGACCUCAAUUUAAUGGCCGACAACUCACAGCCAGAGAAUGAAAAGGAAGCUUCUGGUGGAGACAGCCCAAAGGAUGAUUCAAAGCCUCCUUAUUCCUAUGCACAAUUAAUCGUACAAGCAAUUACGAUGGCUCCUGAUAAGCAGCUUACUCUAAAUGGAAUUUAUACUCACAUCACUAAAAAUUAUCCAUACUACAGGACAGCGGACAAGGGCUGGCAGAAUUCAAUUCGCCACAAUCUCUCUCUGAAUCGUUAUUUCAUCAAAGUACCACGUUCCCAGGAAGAACCAGGCAAAGGCUCAUUCUGGAGGAUAGAUCCUGCCUCUGAAAGCAAAUUAAUAGAGCAGGCUUUUAGGAAAAGACGGCCUAGGGGCGUGCCUUGCUUUAGAACCCCUCUGGGACCGCUCUCCUCUAGAAGUGCCCCAGCCUCUCCCAAUCACGCUGGAGUGCUCUCUGCUCACUCCAGUGGUGCCCAGACUCCCGAGAGCCUGUCGAGGGAAGGUUCACCAGCCCCCCUGGAGCCUGAGCCCAGCGCCUCGCAGCCCAAACUGGCCGUCAUCCAGGAGGCACGGUUUGCCCAGAGUGCACCAGGCUCGCCUCUGUCUAGUCAGCCCGUUUUAAUUGCCGUGCAGCGGCAGCUGCCGCCAACGAUCAAGCCUGUCACCUACACAGUCGCUGCUCCCGUGACCACUUCGACCUCCCAGCAGCCUGUCGUGCAGACGGUGCACGUCGUCCACCAGAUCCCUGCGGUGUCCGUCACCAGCGUGGCCGGCCUGGCCCCAGCGAGCACGUACACUGUCGCCGGCCAGGCCGUGGUCACUCAGGCGGCCAUGCUGGCCCCUCCUAAGGCAGAGCCGCAAGAGAAUGGAGAUCACAAAGAAGUAAAAGUGAAAGUGGAACCUAUUCCUGCGAUUAGCCAUGCCACACUGGGCGCUGCUAGCCGGAUCAUUCAGACGCCACAGACCACCCCAGUCCAGACGGUUACCAUAGUGCAGCAGGCACCUCUAGGUCAGCACCAGCUACCAAUAAAAACUGUAACGCAAAACGGGACUCACGUGGUGCCAAUCCCUGCCGCCGUCCAUGGCCAGGUGAACAAUGCAGUGGCGAGUCCUCUGCACAUGUUGGCAACACAUGCCUCGGCGUCGGCCUCCCUGCCCACAAAGCGCCAGAAUGGCGACCAAACGGAGCAGCCAGAGCUGAAGCGGGUCAAGACGGAAGACGGCGAGAGCAUCGUCAUCGCCCUGAGUGUGGACACGCCGCCGGCAGCCGGCAGGGAGAAAGGUGUCCAAAACUAGCAACUGGGACAGCUUUUCUUACUUUAGUAUCAACUCUGUGGUGCCAAAAGGAGACACUGCCACUCACCGACGCUCGGAGCGCGUUGUCUCGGUGGGUAGAGGGCCCUGCGGUUGGACUUCACCUCAGCACUGAAAACACAAAACCCAGGUGGCCUUAAAACUCCUAAAAGACAGAAGUCACACCUGAACAAAACCACAUGCAACAAAACCUGGUUCCGGCAGUGUCUCCCCACCCCGCGCUCAGCUUGUCACUCCAGAGCGGAGCUGCUGGGACAGGGCGGGGACUGUCCCCGCCGCCCUCCCAGGACCCUUGGGGCUGGCACUGGUAGAUGAGACAGUAUUUUGUUGUUCACAUGUGGAAUUAGAAUAUUUUGAGGUGUACUUUCUUUACAAAAUAACGGGGUCUUUGACAUUUCCGAUCGCUCCAUUUCUACUCUGGAAAUUUUGGAAUCACACAGGACCUUUCGUGUUGAUUUCAUUUGGGGAAAAGAAACAAUGUAGUUUUGUUUUUGUUGUUUGUUUUCAGCCUAUGGAAUGAUUUCCUUUUGUCUGUCCUGUUAACGUUCAGAUGGAGCUACUUGAUGACAUCUGCAGGUUUUCCGUGUUAGAGCAGGUGCCGGAUGCAUCUAGGACGGACGGACAGACUGGACAGAUGGAUGCCCAUGCUGGGCCGCAUGUUAACCAUGACUGAAAGAACUGCUGGACUCGUGGAGCUGCACUUAACUGGGUCUCUUUCCUGCUACUUUUUGUUGUUUGUUCCUUUGUGUUGACUUUGUCCCUUGCAUAAUUUUCCACUCUAAGUAAAACAAGCCUCCUAAGUGUUGUGUGUGUUUAAAACAACAGAACUGUUCCUACUUCAUUUGGAAAAAAGAUUCGGUCUUAUACCACACACCCUUUUCAGACAAGUGUCACAGGUCUCUCCGUGGCAUGUUCGCUAGUCACUGUCACCGGUUCUAGGCACAGAGCCGUCAUCCAACCAGCUGUCCACGUGAUGACGCUGUGGUUUGCCUGGUUCGUGGGGAGCAGUUGCUGGGGUGGCUCAGAAGCUGCAUGUUAACACAAGGGUCUUGGAAACAUCCAGGUCCUUCUCUGGUUUGUAACAGGAAAUCCCCCUCAGCCUCUCAGAACUGAAGCAGUCCUGAAGCUGACUUCUCUCCUACAAAAAACAAAAGUGAGACGAAAGGAAACAAAGGUGAGACCGUGAGCAGUAGGGGCCCCACCCGGCCUCAGUCACACUGCCCCAGAAGAAAACCGCUGGCCUUUUCCGGAGUGUUCCAGGGGUGAGGGCUUUGGCCUUGUUGUGAACUUUUAAAUGUCAUCAUCAUCAUGUUAUUUAUUUAAAUGUAGUUAUUUUGGUAUUUAAUUUUUUUUAAAGAGAGGAAAAAAACCCUGUAUUUUCCUGGUGGAAUGAAACGGCUCAGAAUGGUAUAUUUAGGCAAUUUUAAAACAUUAUUUACCUGCAGACCAAAUAUGAUAAAUCUGUUCUAAGUAUUGUGUGUCAACCCACAGUAUGGAGCUGUCACAAUGUUAUCGCAGAUAAUGCAUAUUAAAAAUUAUGAAAUUACUGCACACUAGCUGGAUUUAUAACUCAGCCAUUUAAAAAAUAAAAACAAAACCAUCAUGUGAACGAUACCACGCGUGUGACAGUAGCAGAAUCUAAGCUGCAAGCUGAAGCAUGGAUGGAUUGGAGCACCUCAGGGCGGCAAUCUGCAUCUUCCAGGCACUUUACAGAUACCUUGGAAUGUAUAUUUUUGUCUUUUUACUCAGAAGGUUUGCAAUUUGCAAGAUAACUCGGAUUGCAUUGUGUCUUAUGUAGGGUCAGGUCGCUCCACUGAGUGGUCCAGACCUGCCAUUCAUGGCUACUGUAGGCCCUGCCUGAGCUCUGGACAGUGGUCAAGACUGCCCCAGCGGGAACACUGGAUUGGGCACAUGCAUCGUAUGUCUUCCUGGAGAUGUGUCUACACAGCUGUGUACCUGUCACCAUCCAGAAAGAUGGGUAGAUUCUCCCUAAGCCCAGUCCACCGAUUGGUUAUUUCUGAGCCUAAAACACAGAUACUUUGUGGGUCUGGAGGGAUUUCUGCUGGGAUUGUAGAUUUAAAAAAAAAAAUCCAGUUCUCAAAUUUUAAAAAAGAGAGGAGGCUAGUUUUUUGGUGUAAGGUAGCUGGUGUGUGCCUUUGUCAGAGGGCUUGAGGUCUUUUCUUUCUUGUUGCCUCGUUCAGUUGGCUAAUUGAUUGGCACGUGGUAUUUUAAGAAUAUCAAGGAAAGGGUAGGAAAACAUGGAUUAACAAACAGCCGUAUCCCAGAGGCUCUUAAAAAUGUUCAGUUUAGCUCUGAGUUUCCAAGAGCCCUCAAAACACCCAGGGUCACUGAGCUUGUGUCCCUUCUACCCUGCUUGAUGCCUGGUGCCCAUCAACAGACACGUAGCACUGAACUCUCCGCUGUUCACCGGCAGUUCCUAAAUGUCUUAUUUCAAGAGGUUUCUGCUUUGAUCUUUGCCAAACUUCCAAGCCCCCCCAAGGGACUAGAAACUUCAACAGCUUUGCCCUGAACCAUACAAAAACACAAGAGAAACUCACAUGUGAGACACAUGACAGGCAUGUUCUGAGGAGUCUGGGCAUGACUGUGGAUCCAUCUUACUCUGGCAUCGUUAGUCUCCACGUGAACAGUUGAGCUCCUUAAAGACACCACCUUCGCCGUCCUCCCUAGAACAGCAGCACAGACCCUGAGUCAUGGUCAGAAGGGGCGGGGCAGGGCCAGGACUUGGGAUCUCUGUGCUGUGUGACACAAGGAGGUAAGUGACAAUCUUCAAGUCCUAACCUCUGCAACCCUAGAAAGUACAGUGGUGAUUUGUGUGCAAAGAUUUGAAAUUUUAAAAUUACCAAGUUCCUGAAAUUAAAUAAAAUAUUUUUACUAA